GGUAUUUGGUGGAAGGACUCUGCUAACGUCAAGCAGAGCAGAACAUUACUCACAAUACAGCAACCUGCCCCCUAUGGAUCUCGAGGGCAUACAGAACUGUGUCAAAGGAGGCGGCCAUGGUCUUGGCCUGGCUGCUCCCAUUGCCUCUGGUAGUCAGCCAAGAGGCAGCCUUCUACCAGACAACAGUAGAGGGCAGAGAGGCUAAGCAUUGCAAUCAGAUGUACCCGGUCAGACUCAGACAUCAGACAGAUGUAUUGAGGGUCCACCCUGCCUAUAGGAUUAGACUAGAUUGGGAUGUCGGUGAACUGGCAAAUAUAGGUGUUGAAAUAUACACCAAUGGCUCAAAAGACGAUAGCUCAGUAGGUACUGCGUUCUGCAUCUACUGCAACGGAGUUCACAUGUACAGUCAGUCAGACAGACUGAAUGAGGAGGUGUCUGUGUUUCAGGCAGAACUGGUGGCCCUGGCGGGGGCAUCCCAGCAGAUCCUAUUACACCUGGGUUCUGAGCCAGUCACAGUCUACUCUGAUAGCCAGUCAUCACUUCAGGCCUUGAGCGACGAAUACCAUCACGAUCCACUGGUACACGAGUUCAGACGUAGGGUACUGAGGGCAAGGCAUGAGCGACACGUCCUGCGGUGGGUCCGAAGCCACAUCAGGAUCCCGGGCAACGAACGUGCCGAUCAGCUGGCAAAGGUGGGAGCCAGCGGCCCAUUUGUAACAAGGAUGGUAGAACCCUCGACCACAUACAUAAAAGGUACCCUGUUACGGCGAUCAAUGACACACGGAUAAGAGUGCUGGAAUCAAUGUAUGGUAGGUAGGUCAACCUAUGCCUUCGUGCCUGAAGUUCGCCGAACUCCAGUUAGUUGUGACUUCAGACUGACAUAAAUAUUGACAAGUCACGGGAGGUUUCCCUACUUCAAGUCCAAGUUUGGACAAGGAGAUGGUAGCAGCCCCUGUGGGUGUCCUCGCAGCGACGCGAGACACCAUGUACUUGACUGUCCUCUGACAAAGGACUUUGCCUAGGGGCCGACCAAGUUGAUUGGAGCAAGCCCCCGGACAAGUACUUCAAACGCUAGCAGCUAGUAAAGAAAACUUAAAGAAACUAAAGGAUUUGAUGGGUAAAGUUAUAGAUCUAUUAGACCAAUAGGGCCCCUCAUUAGGGAGAGGACCCCACUGUCCGUUAUUUUUAAAAAGUUAUUACUAUGAGCCAAGUUUUGUGGAUUUAGUGCAGUACAGGCUGCACACUAUAAAAGUUAUGCCAGGUUAGAGAGCUGGGCCGUGGUGUGGAUGGGAGCCCAAAAGAUGUACCUUGUGGCCCAGCUAUGUUGUCCCUGUCUACUGUGUUAGGUAUCUGACCAGCCGAUGAACAAGACAUAGCCUCUUUAACCCU